UUAGUUGUGAUUAGUUGAGCCUUCUCCUUCUCUCGCGCAAGCGCAUUUCAUCAUUUCAUGUAUGUACGCGACACGCGUGCAUUUUGUGAUUGUUUUAUCAGGAAAAUGUGAUUUGCAGUUUGCAAUGUUUGCAUAGGACCUUGCAUUUGCAUAGUAAUGUCCUUUUGAUUAUAAGGAGUGUGACGGUGUGACUGUGACAGUCGAACGGUCGAACGGUCGAAGGCUAGUCAGAAUGACUGAUCAAGAUACAAACAAUAAUACUCUUCCGUUACGGGAGAGUUUGGUGAAAACAGCAGUGCAGUUUCUACAAAACCCUAAAGUGUUGUCGAGUCCAUUGAUGCAAAAACAAGAAUUUCUUAAAAGGAAAGGCCUCACGGAUGAGGAGAUUAAAACAGCUUUCAAAUUGGCAUCUGUUGACAAUAUAGUUGAUCGCAAUGUCAUUCAAAGUCAGAAUCCAUAUACUGCUGUACAAAUGCCAUCAGGAUCUAUUCAGUCGUAUCGUCAAACGAGCGUUUACCAAUCAACAUUUUUACAGCAAGUCAAAGAGUUCUUUAAUGCGACUGCAUUAAUUGGCGUGACAGUAUAUUGCGCAUAUUGGUUUUAUAAGAGAUUUAUAGAACCCUUUUUGUUUGGUCGGAGAAAGAAGAAGAGUGUAGAAGAUAGGGUAACCGAAUUAGAUAAAACCGUCCAAAAUUCUAUGAAAGAAGUCAAAGACUCUAUUUUGAAGGUAGAAGGUGAAGUGCAAAAACUGACUCAGCAUCAAGCGUUGGAUCCAACUAUCCCGCAAUUGGUGCAAGAACUUAAACAUGAUUUAUCUAGUCUAAAAGCUUUACUUUUAUCGAGGAAACAGUUUCCUACCGCCCCGGCAUCUAUACCACCAUGGCAGUUGGGUGCAACAAACGCGAGCCAAGAAAAAGCAACUGAACGAGAAGAUGAUGCUGGAAGUGGAAGUAGUACUAACAAUUCGGAUAGUUCUUUGGAAAUGAUUCGAGAAGAUCCACCUAAAGAAUAAGUUUAGGAAUUUUGAGUCUAUCAUAACUACUUCCAUAAUGAUAAUCUUCGAUAUGCGAUAUAUUCGGCAUAAUGUAUUGAAGCAAAAGGAUCAUAGUUUCAAUAGUACAUGAUAUUAGAGACAUGCUCCAUAUUAUUUUUAUACAGGAUGUUAGAAAAGAAAAGUUUAUAAUUAAGAUAUGUCAUCUCUUUUUUAACACCUUGUAUAUAUUAAUAUAUUAAUAGCAUCGAUCUGCAUUUUUGGUAGUAGUGUUCAUAACUUUGUAAAUGUUUUAAUGCCUAAUCAAACAAUGUUCCAUUAUGAAGAACAACUUUUGAGAUGUCGAUAACGGUCAAAAAACAAGUUUCUAUAUCGAUUGUGUCAUUUACUAUAACAUAACAAAUCGAUCGAACGUAUUAAAUUAAUGUAACUGCAGAUUUCCAAACAAUUUUCUAAUAAAAAAAAUUUUUUUUUAUUUUUUGUAUAAGAUCUAAACAAACUGUAAAUAGUUCCUUAAAAAAUUAAUUUACUUUGACACUUUACCACAGUACGGACAUAAGAAAAAUAAGGAAAAAGGAAAUACGUAACAAGAAAUUUUUUUAAGGUUUUUGAAAAGAUUUUAUGUGAGCAAAAACGAUAUUUUCGAUUUUGCAAUUGUGUGAAUUACAUAUCUAGUGUGUAAGAAAUGUCCUUGUAAACUUAUGAGAAUUAGAUUCGAUUGUUUUGGUGACAAAUCGAUAUAAAGGCUACGGUCAACGGUCACGUUGACCGUAGCCAAAGAUGUAGCAAUUCUCUACAUCAUCGUGAAAUAAACUACUUAAUAUAUGUGACAUAUAUGUAAAUGUUCAACAUUUUAAUCUAGAAUUAAAAACAUCGAAAACAGUUACAAUACAAAGUAUUGUGUUUAAGAAUCUUGUAAAUUUUAUAUCGAAAAUGGAAUUGUAUCAUAUUGCAAACUGAGAGAAAUUGAGGGUACUUUCACAUAUAGUACCUGUCCGCGUUACAGUGCAAACAGUGUUAUGUGUACAGAUAUAAUUUUAUCAAAUAAAUAAAUUGAAUAAUUAACUUUA